AUGGAGGACGAUGGUGACACACACCUGCGGGCACUUAUUGACAAUAUCGUUGGUAGAUCGGCGGUACCUAAAUCACUGAACACGUUGGAAUUUAUCGCCAACGAUGUAAGCAUGGAGAACGUUGUGGACAGCGACAAGCAGGGGACAGGCGUGGCGGAAAUCGUAUCUGAGCGGGAGAGUAUGGGAGAGGAGGGUGUUUUUGCUUCUGCGCAGACAGAUCCGAGUGUUGUGGAGGCUCCUGGGGUUCAGCCUUUGACCGUAGAGACAGGAAGUUUGUCUCAUCCACGUCUCCCCGUACACGAGAAGACGGUCCAUCCUUUGUCUGUUGAGACAGGAAGUAAGUCUGAUCCACGGGUCCCCGUACACGAAAAGACGGUUAUUUUUGGAGAAGAGCAUUUGCGUGGUCAGUGUAUGGUGUUCAGAAAAGAGGUGGAGACAGGUACCGCUGUGCUUCCAACGACGCCGCCAGAUGCGCGAUUACUCACGGUAAGGCUCUCUUUAAAAGAGGUUGGUUUAGGAGGAAGCCAAAAUGGAUAUGGGUGUUGUGGUCGUCCAUUUGGUCAUGAUCCUGUGUUCUGUUCAUGGUUUUGUUAUUGUGCAGGGUCCUCUGAUUGGUGA